CAUCAUUCUGGGAUACCCAUGGUUUCUUCAAUGGUUUCUUCAUUGUACAAACACCACCAACAACAACAAUAACAUAUCACCCCCCAUGGAAUGGCGCACGGCGUUUAUCAAAAUCACGGCGGCGGUUCGCCUUCUCAUUGCCCACUGGGCUGUUCCUCAUUCUUCUUUUCUUCUGUUAGAGACCUUUUUUGGCUUGAUUUUUCGCAUGGCGUGGCGCUGCGGAAUACGUUGCGACGUUGACAUGGAGGAGGAACAGACGCUACACGAACGGAGCAUGAAUGACGGAUGGAUGAUGGACGAUGGACGAUGGAUGAUGGACGAUGGACGAUGGACGAUGGACGAUGGAUGGACGGGCAUGGCUCGGGCGCGGGUUAGCAUGGCGUGGUAGAUGAGCUGCGCCGCGGCGUGGAGGUAUCUUAGUACAAAGUACGGACCGUCGAUGCGCUUAUCGCAU